UCCCCGGGUCCUUUCCGGAAACCAGGAGGCAGGACGCUGUCCCCCCACCCCCACCCCCUUGGGUUUGGCUCCUAGGUUUUUCCGCGCCCUGAUUCGCAUCUGAACUCGGGGGAUGUUCCUGUUUGGGUUUGCUGCCUGCAGUGACGCCUUUGAUUUGCCCCCGGGGAGCUGGGUUGCGUGGGGUGGUGCCAAGCCUGGGAACAGUGGGGGCAUUAGGACCAGGAGCGAGAGGCGGCUUGGCGGCACUUGGCAGAAGGGCCGCGGGCUGAGUGGGGAGCGAUGUGCGAGUGGAAAUGAGGCUCUGCCUGCGGCUGCACAUCUGUUGAUCUGACCUGCCUGGCGGCCUCUCGGGCUCUGGCGCGGGGGGAAGCCGAGGACCCGCGGGCUCCGGGGGGAGACCUCUCCUCGCCGCACCUGACCGCGCGUGCGACAGCCGGGGACCAACCGCCGGGGGACCCAGCACCUGGGCAGAUUGGAAUAACUCUCCCCCGCCAUAUCCACCGGAUAAAUAGGAGGGUUGGGGCGCGGAUUGGGGGGGGGGUGAGCAAGCGGGUAGCGCCGCGACGCCCAGUAGUUGGAAGCUCCGCGCGCGCAGGGGGGGGUUUCAGAAGAAGACCACCGACUCGCGCGGGCUCUGGGCUCGCCAGGCGGGUCCGGCGGCUCCCCGAGUGCCCGUCAAGCUGGCCCAAGUGCGCUGGGGUGCGGGGUGGGGGCCCGGCUCCUCUGCAGCCCCGAGGCGGGCGCGCCGGGACAUGACCUGUUGCAUCGCGCCCGCCGCCGCCGCCGCCGCACCAUCAUGCUGCUGAGGAAGCGCGGCCGGCGCGGCCCGUGCGGCCCGCAGCUGCUGCUGCUCUUCCUGACGCUAGGGGGCGCGCUGCUGCUGGUGGCCGUGCGGCACGCGCCCGAGCCCCGGCCCGGCCCGCGCGGCCCCGCCGCCAGCGCCCGCCCCGACGCCGGGGCGCCGCAGCCGUGGGUGCUGGAGGCCGAGGAGGAGGAGGAAGAGGAGAAGCAGGAGCAGCAGGAGCAGCAGCAGCAGGAGGAGGAGGAGGAGGAGGAGGAGGAGGAGGAAGAGGAGGAGGAGCAGGAGGAGGGGGAGGAGGGUCCGGAGUACGGCCCCCUGGAGGGCCUGCCGCCCUUCAUCUCACUGCGGGAGGACCAGCUCCUGGUGGUCGUAGCAUCCCCCCGCGCCCGGAGGAACCAGAGCCAGGGCAGGGGAGCGGGCAGCUACCGGCUCCUCCGGCAGCCCGGCCGCAGGCGGGCCGAGGAGGAGGCCCCCGACGGGGACUGGGCAGCCGAGCAGGAGCAGGAGCAGGAGCAGGAGCAGGAGGUGGCAGGGGAGGUGUCGCAGGAAGAGGCGCUGACCCCGCUCCGCCUGGAGGAGGCGCUCAGCGCCCGCAUCCCCCUGCACCGGGCGCCGCCCGAGGGCCGGCAUCCGCUGUGUCUGCAGCAGCGCCUGGCGGACAGUCUGCCCACCGCCAGCGUCAUCCUCUGCUUCCACGACGAGGCCUGGUCCACCCUGCUGAGAACCGUGCACAGCAUCCUGGACACGGCGCCCCGGGCCUUCCUGAAGGAGAUCGUCCUCGUGGACGACCUCAGCCGGCAAGGACAGCUCAAGUCCGCGCUCAGUGAGUAUGUGGCCCGGCUGGAGCGGGUGAAGCUGCUGAGGAGCAACAAGAGGCUAGGGAGCAGUGGGGCCCGGAUGCUGGGGGCCGCCAGGGCCACCGGGGACGUGUUGGUCUUCAUGGACUCGCACUGCGAGUGCCACCCGGGCUGGCUGGAGCCCCUCCUCAGCAGGAUAGCUGGUGACAGGAGCCGCGUGGUGUCCCCAGUCCUGGAUGUGAUCGACUGGAAGACUUUCCGCUAUUCGCCCUCCGAGGCCUUGAAGCGCGGCGUGCUGGACUGGAAGCUGGAUUUCCACUGGGAGGCCCUGCCCGAGCACGAAAGGAAGAAGCUGGCGUCGCCCAUCAGCCCCGUCAGGACCCCCGUGGUACCCGGUGGAGUGGUGGCCGUGGACAGACACCACUUCCUGAACACGGGGGCAUAUGACCCUCUCCUGUCUCUGCGGGGCUCUGAAAACCUGGAACUGUCUCUCAAGGCUUGGCUCUGUGGCGGCUCCGUGGAAAUCCUCCCCUGUUCACGGGUGGGGCACAUCUACCGAAGCCAGGAGGCCCACUCCCCGCUGGACCAGAAGGCCGACCUGAAGAGCAAAGUCCGCAUGGCGGAGGCUUGGCUGGGCUCCUUCAAAGACACCUUCUACACUCACAGCCCCGAGGCCCUGUCCUUGAGGAAGGCCGACAGGCCCGACUGCACCGCGCGCCUGCAGCUGCAGAGGAGGCUGGGCUGCCGCACAUUCCACUGGUUUCUGGCCAACGUCCACCCAGAGCUGUUCCCAUCUGAACGUCGGCCCCAGUUCUCCGGAAAGCUCCACAACACCGGCCUGGGCUUCUGUGCUGACUGCGGGGCAGACGGGGCCCUCCCAGGCUGUGGCCUGAUGCUGGCUCCCUGCAGCGACAGCCGGAUGUCACAGCGCCUGGAGCACACGGGCAGGAAGGAAAUCCGAGUUGCCGGCCCCCAGCACCUGUGCUUGGACGUCCAGCAGGAGCGGGUGAUUCUGGAGAACUGUACGAAGGGGAGCCCCGCCGACCACCGGCAGUGCUGGGAUUUCCAGGAGAAUGGAAUGAUCGUCCACAUUCUCUCUGGGAAAUGCAUGGAAGCAAUGACUCAGGAAAACAACAAAGAUCUGUACUUGCGCCAGUGUGAUGGGAAAGUCAGCCAGCUGUGGCAGUUUGAUGUCGUCAACCCAGUGGAUCAACGAUGAAUCUUCCUAGGAAGGCAAAGAGGAUGUUGGUGCUCAUACUUCCACCCCUGGCGGACUAAAGAGCUUGACGGUCUCUCACGUCAACUCUGCUGUGUGUGUGUGUUGCUGGAGAGAGCAGAGAAGGGAGCUCCGUGAAGGAAUAGAGAGAGUCUCCCAUUCCUGUCUCUUAAUUCAUUGCGAGCUGGUGGGGUUGUUGUUUAUUUUUUUAAAAAUGAACCUUCCCCCAAAUAGUCAAUAUGUCAUCGCCUUUAUCAUUUGCCAGUGAUAAAUGGUAGAUGAACAGAGAGUACAGAAGACACUUGGUGUUGUUUUUUUUUAUUGAGCACUGCAUGGGGCCGACCCGGGUUCGAUUCCUCCGUCCCUCUCGGAGAGCCUGGCAAGCUACCGAGAGUAUCCUGCCCGCACGGCAGAACCUGACAAGCUCCCUGUGGCGUAUUUGAUAUGCCAAAAACAGUAACAACAAGUCUCACAAUGGAGACGUUACUUUUGCCCGCAAAAAUCAAUGAUCAACGGGAUGACAGUGCUACAGUGCUAUUGAACACUUGGCAGUGGUUUCUAUUUCUGACUACAGAAGCAUAAACAUUCUCCAGAAGCACCUCCAGGAUCCGCAGCUGAUCCAUCCUAUGGUCUUCACUUGGAUGUGAGUAGACAGUGAUGAAACUUGAAGUGCAAGGAGGACUCCAAAAUCUUUGCAUCCGGCUUAUUUGGACAAAUGUCCUGUUCAGAAGUUGAGCUGUGGCUCAGAAGGACAGAAAACUACUGGAAGAAGAGAAAAGUUGGAGUCAAGAGGGAAGAGAACAUUGACCCAGUUCUCCAGUCCAGCCUAGAAGUGAUGGGUCUACUUGGCCUGUAGUAAGAUACUUUAAUGAGAAACUUCCUCAGGAUUUUCUACCUCCAUUUACCCAGCCCUGACCCUUCUCUAGCUUAAUUAAGCACAAGGUUCUCACGUAAUCUACUUCUCUUGAGUUGGUGGCAUGGGGGAGGGUCAGCUCAGACUAAGUUCAACAGUGGACUAAUUUCUCUUACAGGGAUUGCAUUAAUUGGGUCCGAGAUCGCAUCGAUGGCACAAAAGCCAAACUCUCCAUGGGAAAAUGCCAGACACUGAGUCAAAAUCCUCCCAGCGAGGAAUUGAAGUUGGGUGUUAAUAUUCAUAAAGGCUGACAAAGCUGUCUGAGUCCAGAUGAGCUGUCUGGACCCCCAGAUGUGCCACAGGUAGAACAUUUGGAACCAGAGUAGAACAGUACUAGGGAAGAGCUAAAUGGUCCUCUUGGCUCUGACCUGUCCUACUUAACUUGGGCAUCAGAGUUGCUGGGAAAGGCUGACUGAGCUAUUAUGGAGACACCAUUCAUGCUUAAUUCUCCUUCAGAUGAAGUUUUCUCCCCACCUCAGCAGCUUAGAAAUCUCUCUUCAAAGAUGCUGAUCUUUUUUUUUGGGGGGGGGGUUUCCAGAACACAGUGUAUUUCAAAUGAGAAGAAUUAGGUAGGAAAUAUAAGUUUCCAAACCACCAUUCACGAUUAUGUAUUCCUUUGCCUCCAGUAUAAUUCAGUGGCCUCAUACACUUCUUCUGCUGAACUCUUUUGAUGCAAGUGUCUAAUAGUAGUCAUGAGCCAUUGGUGGGUGACGAUUUAACCCAAAAUUCAUUAAAAUUAAAUGUAAAUAAAAUCAG